UGGGGGCGGGGCCUCGGUGCCCCACCCGGGCCCGCGGGCCACGCCCCUUCCCCAGCUCCGUGCUCUCAGUCAGAGCGAAGCGGCCGGCGGAGCAGAGCGGAACUCGAGGUCAGCCAUGUCAUCUGAGCCUCCCCCCCCACCACAGCCCCCCACCCAUCAGGCUUCAGUUGGGCUGCUGGACACCCCUCGGACCCGUGAGCGUUCACCAUCCCCACUGCGGGGCAACGUGGUCCCGAGCCCACUGCCCACUCGCCGGACGAGGACCUUCUCAGCGACCGUGCGGGCUUCACAGGGCCCUGUCUACAAAGGAGUCUGCAAAUGUUUCUGCCGAUCCAAGGGCCAUGGCUUCAUUACCCCAGCUGACGGCGGCCCCGACAUCUUCCUACACAUCUCUGAGUGAGUUGGCGGCGGGUCUGGGUGGCCUGGCUGGGGGGUGCUUCCUUGGCUCUGUGGAGGGGGUGUGUGACCGUGCUGGGUGUGAGGACAGAUGGCAGGCCUGUGUGACUCCUCUUGUGG